AUGGCAAAACCAGCGUACAAAGUCGCCGACAUUUCACUGGCCGAGUUCGGGCGGAAGGAAAUCGUUCUGGCCGAGAACGAAAUGCCCGGCCUGAUGGCGUGCAGACAAAAGUACGGCCCACUGAAGAUCCUGAAGGGUGCUCGGAUAGCUGGCUGCCUGCACAUGACCAUCCAGACGGCAGUUUUGAUCGAAACGCUGAUCGAGCUGGGUGCCGAGGUGCAAUGGAGCAGCUGCAACAUCUUCAGCACGCAGGAUCAUGCUGCCGCAGCCAUGGCGAAGGCCGGUGUGCCGGUGUACGCGUGGAAGGGUGAAACGGACGAGGAGUACAUGUGGUGCAUCCGGCAGACGCUCAUCUUCCCGGACGGUAAGCCGCUGAACAUGAUCCUGGACGAUGGAGGCGACCUAACCAAUUUGGUGCACGCCGAACAUCCGGAACUGCUGAAGGAGAUUCGCGGUUUGAGCGAGGAGACGACGACCGGUGUGCACAAUCUGUACAAGAUGUUCCGCGAGGGUCGCCUCGGUAUGCCGGCGAUCAACGUGAACGAUUCGGUUACGAAAAGCAAGUUCGACAAUCUGUACGGAUGUCGGGAGUCGCUGCUAGACGGUAUUAAGCGUGCGACGGACGUGAUGAUUGCCGGUAAGGUGUGCGUGGUCGCCGGGUACGGUGAUGUGGGCAAGGGUUGCGCACAGGCGCUAAGGAGUUCCGGUGGCCGCGUGCUGGUCACCGAGAUCGAUCCGAUCAAUGCGCUGCAGGCGGCGAUGGAAGGGUACGAGGUAACGACGAUGGAGGACGCAAGCAAGGAGGCACAAAUCUUCGUCACAACGACCGGCUGCACGGACAUCAUUAUGGGUGAGCACUUCCUCAACAUGAAGGAUGACUCGAUCGUGUGCAAUAUCGGCCACUUUGACUGUGAAAUUAAUGUGAAAUGGUUGCACGAGAAUGCGGUGAGGAAGGUGAACAUCAAGCCGCAGGUGGAUCGGUAUGAGUUGAGCAACGGGAGGCAUGUCAUCCUGCUGGCGGAAGGACGUCUGGUGAAUCUGGGCUGUGCCAUGGGACACUCGAGCUUCGUCAUGUCGAACUCGUUCACCAACCAGGUGCUGGCACAGAUAGAGCUGUGGACGAACCAGGAGAAGUACGCGAUCGGCGUGCACGUGCUACCGAAGAAGCUGGACGAGGAAGUGGCCGCCUUGCAUCUGGACAAACUUGGCGUGAAGCUGACAAAAUUGAGCCCGCACCAAGCAGAGUACCUUAACCUACCGGCCGAGGGACCAUACAAACCGGAUCAUUAUCGCUACUAA